CACCGAGCGUAAACGCGCUCGGGCUCUGGUAUUUCCAAGGCUGUCCGUAUAUCCAACAAGUCUGUCUGAGAUCAUGGGUCAUCAACAAAUCGACGACGGCGACAUUUAACACCGCCAGUCGAUACACACGCGCGUACCACUGUUGCCGAUGCUCGGACCUGUUUGUUUGUGAUUGUCUUCAAGUGAACAAUGGGCCCGGAAAAGGCUCUUCUGGCCCUAGUGCAUGUUUUGGGGGUGGUAGUUUUGUGCAGCGGGCAAAUUAACGAUUAUUGUCAGACUCCCAGAGGGGCACAAGGAGAGUGUAAAAAAAUAUCCGACUGCAAAGUCCUGUUGUCCAUCCUUCAGCACAGACCCAUAAAGGCGGAAGAUGCGGAUUACCUAAAAAGGUCCCAGUGCGGUUUCGACGGCAACUUGCCGAAGGUUUGUUGCCCUUUGGGAGGUUCUAAUCAAGUAGAAUCUUCCUCUGGCUCUGUACCUCUCGCUGAAGCGAGGCCAGUAACCAGCAACCUUUUGCCUUCAACUGACAUUUGUGGAGUUGAAAGCAAGGAGAGGAUUUACGGAGGAAAGGAAGCUGACUUGAACGAAUACCCCUGGAUGGCGUUGGUGGAAUACGAAAGAGAAAACGGAAAGCGCGGCUUCUACUGCGGAGGGGUGUUGAUAAGCAAGAGGUACAUACUAACCGCCGCCCAUUGUAUCAAGGGGAAAGAUUUACCGAGGUCUUGGAAACUAGUUAGUGUCCGUCUUGGGGAGCAUAACACUGACACCGAUGUUGAUUGCGAAGUGGUGCAUGGUCAGAAGGUUUGCGCCCCUCCUCCUAUAAAUGUUCUUGUAGAAGAACGCAUAGCUCACGAGAGUUACGUCCCGGAAGACGUCAACCAGUACCACGACGUGGGUCUCUUGAGGCUAGCGAGAGAGGUUAAAUUUUCAGAAUCUGUCACACCUAUAUGCUUACCGACCACAGAAUUUGAUCAGACGCCAGACUUGGUGGGGAAAAAAAUGAUAGUAGCUGGUUGGGGAAAGACGGAAAACAGAUCAGAAAGUCCUGUCAAGCUAAAACUAGAUGUACCUGUCAAGCCCAAUGCAGACUGCGUGAAUACUUACAGGCGAGCUGGAGUAAACCUGAGCGGCGCCCAACUCUGCGCCGGUGGGGAAAAAGGGAAAGAUUCCUGUAGGGGAGACAGCGGAGGUCCUCUAAUGAGAAUCGCUCCAAGUGCCACUGGAGACAUCGGCUGGUACUCUGUUGGGGUUGUAUCGUUCGGACCAUCGCCGUGUGGUAUGGAGGAAUGGCCAGGUGUCUACACCAGAGUAGCCAAUUAUGUACCGUGGAUAGUCAGCAAGCUCAGGCCAAAUCGUCCAUUUGUGAUCUCUCGAAAUCAAAUAAUGGAAGCUGCGAAAAGCUUCUUAGUUGUAGUGCAAGUUUUGGCUUUACUCUUCCUAUGUUGUGGAGAGGCCGGCGCUUCAUGUCAGACUCCCAGGGGUGGAAAGGGGGAAUGCAAAAGCAUAUCUAAUUGCCAAGCACUGCUAGCCCUCGUCCAGAGGAGACCCAUAAAGCCGGAGGAUGCGGACUACUUACGACGCUCCCGGUGUAGCUCUGAUGAAGACAUCCCAAAACUUUGUUGUCCUUUGGAGGAAACUUCAGCUAGAUCGCAACUAUCGGCAGGUGGUGACACAGAAGACAUCGACUUUUGUCAGACGUCCCGAAGAGAACAAGGGGCAUGCAAGUCGGUAUCCCAGUGUCCUACCAUCUUGUCCAUCUUGCGAAACAAACCAAUAAAGGCGGAAGACGCGGAAUAUUUGAGACGUUCCAAUUGCGGUUCUGACGGAAGUCUGCCAAAGAUGUGUUGCCCCUUUGAAGUGAAGCCAGUAAGCAGUAACCUUCUGCCUUCCGCUGAGAUUUGCGGGGUUGGCACCCCGGAUAAAAUUUAUGGAGGAACAGAAGCUGAUUUAAAUGAAUAUCCUUGGAUGGCCUUGAUAGAAUACCAAGAUGUGGACGAUGGAAAACGCGGUUUCUACUGCGGAGGAGCUUUGAUAAGCAAGAGAUAUGUGCUUACAGCUGCCCAUUGCAUGAAAGGAGAUAUUCUGAAAUCUUGGAAAUUGAUAAGCGUACGUCUAGGAGAACAUAACACAGAUACCAAUCCUGACUGCACCGAUAUUCCUGGCAUUAAACAAUUUUGCACUCCAUCUCCAGUAGAUGUUUCAGUGGAAGAACGAAUCGUUCACGAGGGUUAUGACCCAUAUGACGCCAACCAGUACCACGACAUUGGUCUCUUGAGACUGUCCAGUGACGUCCAGUUUACAAGUUCAGUUAAGCCCAUCUGCUUACCAGUGACAGAAUACAUUCAGAAAACAGAUUUAGUUGGUGAAAAAUUGGUUGUAGCUGGUUGGGGCAAAACGGAGAAUAAGUCAGAAAGUUCUGUCAAACUGAAACUAGCGGUACCUUUUAAGCCCAACACAGAUUGUGUAAGGUCUUAUGGAAACGCCGGUGUGGAACUGGCGAAUGCCCAGAUAUGCGCGGGUGGCGAAAGGGGGAAAGAUUCCUGCAGCGGCGACAGUGGCGGACCAUUAAUGAGACUGUUUAUGGAUGAGAACAAAGAAUUCAACUGGUACGUUAUCGGGGUGGUGUCCUUCGGACCAACACGCUGCGGUAUGGACAGAUGGCCCGGGGUAUACACUAAAGUUGACAGUUACGUUCAGUGGAUAACCAGCAAACUUAAGCCAUAACUUCAUACCGGCUUAAAAAUAUUUUAUAUAUAAUGUAAUAUACAAUAAAAAUAUCUAAGAAUCAUAA